AUGCACUUUUGUAAAGGCGAGAGUGGGGUGGGAUAUGGAAGACAUUUCAAGACAUUGUCAAAUUCUGUGGAAAAAUAUUUCUGUGAUCUCACUCUGGAUCCAAACACAGCGGACAGAAACCUCAAACUGUCUGACAACAACAAGAAGGUGACACGUGUGAGAAAGGAGCAGCUGUAUCCAGAUCAUCAGGACAGAUUUGACUACUGGCCUCAGAUUCUGUGUUCCACUGGUCUGACUGGUCGAUGUUACUGGGAGCUCGAGUGGAGUGGAGGGGUUUGUGUAUCAUUGUCUUACAGAGAAAUCACAAGGAAAGGAGGUGGUAUUGACACUUUGCUUGGAGGCAAUGAUCAGUCCUGGAGUCUGGAGUGUUCUAAAGGUGGUUUUUCUGUUUGGCAUAAUUACAACCACACACCCCUCCCUCAGCCCUGGUCCUCCUCUUCUGGGAGAGUAGCAGUGUUUGUGGACUGUCCUGCUGGUUCUCUGUCCUUCUACACAGUCUCCUCUGACCAACUGACCCACCUCCACACCUUCAACACCACAUUCACUCACACUCUGCUCCCUGGGUUUAAGCUCUGGUGGUCUGACUCCUCAGUGUCUCUGUGUGCUCCAACAGAGUCUCUACUCAAUGUAAAAUAG